AUGGCUGAAAGCGUCAUGGGAAUGUCCCAAGCUGAUAUGGGAGCUCUAAAAGAAGCUCUUUGUGCUCAACGACAUCUUCUGCAAAAACUUUACAACGAAUUGGAUGUGGAAAGAGAAGCUUCAGCCACUGCAGCUAGUGAAGCUUUGUCCACGAUAUUACGUCUACAAGGAGAAAAGGUUGUGGUUAAGUUGGAGGUAGAGCAGUAUAAGAGAUUAGCCGAGGAAAAGAUGUGUCACGCAGAGGAAUCGUUGGCAAUUUUCGAAGACCUUAACUAUCAGAAAGAAAUGAAGAUUGUUGCUCUAGAUUACCAAGUUCAAGCUUAUCGGUACAAACUUUUGAGCAUGGAUUGCAGAGAAGUUAUGUGCCCCCAAUUCCUCUUAAAUACUCAAAUCAAAAGAAGUGUAAUUGAAAAAGAAAGAUCUAUAAGUCCAAAGACAGAUUUUGAUGAAAAUAAAGCGGAAGAACAGACAGGACAAGAAAUAAAAGGUCAGACUUUGGAAUUAGAGAAGAAGCCUGAGAAUUCUGUUGUUGGACAAAUCAUUUUGUACUGGGAACAUAUUAGAAAUUUAGAUGAAAGAGUGAAAGAGAUAGCAGGAGUUAACUAUGCGAGUUCUAAGAAUGGUUCGAGAUCUUCUUCAAUAUGUUCACAAGUGAGCAUUGGAAUGGCAUAUGAUGCAACAAAAGAAUUUAUAAGAAGGGAGUUGGAUCAGGCUAAACAUGCUCAUUGUGUAAUGGAAACAAAUGCAAAUUCUGCUUCUUCCUCAAGUAUCCAUGAUGUCUUUGAAGUUCCACAAAUCCAUGAGAAUCAUAGAGGUCAUGUACGCCAGACAAAAGAACGGUGUGAGGAAGUUUUGGAAGGUGAUGAGAGAAUUGAAAAACUUGACAUUGUUAUGUCAUAG